AAGACUUGGGUUCAUUUAUGAUGUUUGAGUUCUCUGUUUUGAUGUUUUGGUAUUGUGCGCUGCUUCAAUUACGUGUAAUCCAUGGAAACAACUACCAAACCAAUAGCUUUGGGAACCAUCCUUCUCCUAUUGAGUUUCUUUCAUCUUUCCAAAGCAGAUGUUAUUUUUGAUCCCCCUGACCUUCUCACCAUCAACUGUGGCUCUUCCACCAACUUCUCCACGCCCGACGGUCGGAACUGGAUUGGAGACACCAACACAAAGCUUCUCUCUAUAAGUCGGGGCUCAGUUCUUGCUACUGCUCUCACAGAAUCAACCAUACUGGGUCCUUACGCCUCUGCUCGCCUCUCCUUCUCUAAUUUCACUUACUCAAUCUUCAAUCUCACCGCUGGCCCAAUGUUCCUUCGCCUCUUCUUCUUCUCAACUUCAUACCACAACAACUUUAAUCGCUCCAAAGCCGUUUUCUCGGUCAAAGCAGGCCCAUACACUCUCCUUCAACGUUUCAAUGCUUCCCUCGAUGCGGAUUCUGUUAAUGACCCUGCUCACUCCAACAUCCUAUUCAGAGAGUAUUGCAUCAAUCUCCGAGAAGGACAAAACCUCAACAUAACCUUCAUUCCAAGCUCCACAGGUUCCUACGCUUUCAUCAAUGGAAUCGAGAUUGUUUCAAUGCCCUCUUAUCUCUACUACACCGAUCCUAACGUCGACAUCCAUGGAUUGCCGAAACUUGUUGGAGGAGGAACAUAUCCAAUUGAAACCAUUUUGGCUCUGGAAACAAAGUACCGGCUAAGACUGGGGGACCGAAAUAUCCCCGCCGCAGAGGAUACGGGUAUGCUCAGAACGUGGGAUGUCCAUAAUGAAUAUAUAACUAAUCCAGGUGUAGAAUCUCUUGAUAUUGACAAUACAGCCAAGCUGAACUUUAGUAAGACUCCUAAUUACACUGCACCAGACCAGGUAUACCGUUCAUUAGCGAGUAUGGGACAAAACGAACUUGUGAACAUGGGGUUCAACCUCACAUGGCAGCUUCCUGUUGAUCCUGGUUUCACCUACGUGCUACGGUUACACUUUUGCCAGCUUAACCCGAUGGUUAUUGGGUCUGGUGACCAGAUCUUCCUCAUCUUCAUUCAGGAUCAUUUGGUUGAAGACAUGGUAGACAUUUUCAAUUGGGGCGAUAAACAGAAGGGUGUACCAGUGGUUAGAGACUACGUAGUCAUCAUUCGAGAUAAUCAGAAAAAGGCAAAUCUUUCUGUGAAAUUACACCCUCACGAUAAAAGCAUGAUCAAGGACGCACAACUAAACGCAAUUGAACUCUUCAAAAUCAGCGACCCAACAGGUAACCUCGCUGAACCUAGCUCAGCCCCGCCUCCAUUCCAGACCGUUCAAAUAUCAAAAAAUAAAAACAACAGCACUACGAGAACCCCUGCCGCCGUUGCAGGUGCAGUUUCCGGUGUCGUUUUGCUCUCCCUUAUCAUCGUUUUCAUCCUAAUCAAGCGCAGGAAGAACGUCUCUUUCAGCAAGGGUCACAUUAAAAAAGACAGAACUUCUCUGGGAAGUGGCUCAUCAUCGCUACCAACCCACCUCUGCCGUCACUUCACAAUCGCAGAAAUCAGAGCAGCAACCAACAACUUCGAUGAGCUCUUAGUCGUCGGCGUGGGAGGCUUCGGCAACGUGUACAAAGGCUACAUCGACGACGGUUCAACAUGCGUCGCAGUGAAAAGGCUCAAACAAGGUUCUCAGCAAGGUAUUAACGAGUUCGUGAACGAGAUCGAAAUGCUUUCUCAACUACGUCAUCUCCAUCUUGUUUCCCUCAUCGGUUACUGCUACGAGAGCAACGAGAUGAUACUUGUUUACGAUUUCAUGGGUCGUGGAACCCUCCGUGACCAUCUCUACGACUCCGAUAACCCGUCCCUGCCGUGGGAGCAAAGAGUAGAAAUAUGCAUAGGUGUUGCAAGAGGAUUGCAUUAUCUGCAUACAUGUGUGAAGCAGGUGAUCAUUCACCGUGACGUGAAGAGCACAAAUAUCUUGUUGGAUGAAAAAUGGGUGGCCAAGGUUUCAGACUUUGGUUUAUCCAGAAUUGGGCCUACAGGUAUUUCGAUGUCCCACGUGAACACUCAGGUAAAAGGUAGCAUAGGAUACUUAGACCCUGAGUACUACAAAAGGCAGCGUUUGACGGAGAAAUCUGACGUGUACUCGUUUGGGGUAGUGCUCUUGGAGGUAUUGUGUGGGAGACAACCUUUGGUUCACUGGGAGGAGAAGCAACGGAUAUCAGUUGUUAAAUGGGCGAAGCAUUGCUAUGAGAAGGGAUGUCUGUGUGAUAUUGUGGAUCCCUCAUUGAAGGGCCAGACAGCAGCUCAGUGUUUUCACAAAUUUGGUGAGAUUGCUCUGAGCUGCUUGCAUGAGGAUGGUACUGAAAGACCCUCCAUGAAAGACGUGGUUGGGAUGCUCCAGCUUGUUCUGCAACUUCACUAUAGUGGUGUUGGUGAGGAGGUGUCGGACAGUGGUUUGUGUAGUCAACAUGAUGCAGAUUAUAGUAAGAGCACCACAGCAAACGACGGAGAUAAUAGCAGCAGGGGGAGCAAGGAAUCUUCUGUGUUAAUCCCUGACGAUGUUUUCUCAGAGAUUAAGGAUCCAAAGGGACGAUGAGCUUCAACAACUAUUCAGAUUCACUCCCAGUUUCAAUAUACCACGUGAUGUAAUCAAGGGAACAUAUUUUUCGGAUUUAAAUGAUGGUUAUAAGACUAAAUACGAUCUGGUUACAAAAAAAAUAAUUAUAAUUGUUAAUAACACUUCAUGUUA